AAUUGUCAUACAGUGCACCAAGAGAGAGCAAGGAUAAGGAUAACCGCGAUAGACCUAUCAUAUUGUCAGUAUUUUUCCGAAGCGAAGGAAGCCAAGGAGCAGGAUGAUCUAGCCUCGGAAUCUAAAGACAAAACCACGAAUGUAAUUCCGUUACAUUCGUCAUCGAGCGCGCGCAAAGCCCGCUGAGUUUUUCGCCUCGACACCCGUCUCCUCUUUGAGAGAUAAGUUCCCAUGCGAUUCUUCAGACUCACAUUCAAGUGUUUCGUAGAUUGUUUUUGAAGGUGCUCUCAAAUUCGGUGAUUUUCUUUGGGGGCAAGUGUCCUUUAUUUUUUAUACACCUCAAAUGUAAUAAACAUUUAAUUCUGAUCUCCGUCUCAUCGUUGCGCGUUUGACAUUGCUAUACGAUAAUAGAGAUACAAAUUAUACCUAUUCAAGUGACUUAUCAUACCCUUAAAUUAAAAAGGGGAAAUAAAUCAGAUCCUAUUCCCAUAGGAUUGCCAGAAGAAGAACAAAGGACCAUCUUCGGGUCCAGGGAAAUCGACCCGAACGAAUAAAAGCUUAAGAAAGCUGUAUCUAUUGUCCUGAAUCGUCACCGAUCUUUUCAGUGGUUUCCUCCUCAGUGUUAGUGGGAAAUUGAGGGUGCAUUGUUUACAAGUGCGUAAUUGGCAUGGAGAAACCUGCAUUCGAAACUGACUGCUGUGCUGUGAACGUGGUCCUCGGGGAGGAGAAAAAGGGUCACCUCAUUCCGAACGGAAACGGGCACCAAGCUGGCGUGAACGGAAGCCUCAUUGGUGGAACUGACGGGGCAGGAUGCGGAGCCACACCUGGCACGAUGUCGUCAGUGGAGAAACCAGUGCCAGGGUAUCCCGAACGAGAGCAAUGGACCAGACAGAUGGAUUUUAUCAUGUCCUGCGUCGGCUUCGCUGUAGGGCUGGGAAACGUCUGGCGCUUCCCUUACCUAUGCUACAAAAAUGGUGGAGGAGUGUUUCUGAUUCCCUACCUCAUUAUUGGGGUUGUUGGGGGAAUUCCUAUAUUCUUUCUGGAGAUUGCAUUGGGACAGUUUAUGAAGGCUGGCAGCAUCAACGUGUGGAACAUCGCACCUCUAUUUAAAGGACUGGGGUAUGCCUCCAUGGUCAUAGUGUUCUUCUGUAACACCUACUACAUCAUGGUCCUAGCCUGGGCCUUCUACUAUUUCAUCAAGUCCUUCAACGCUACCCUGCCCUGGUCCACCUGUGACAACCCCUGGAACACGCCCAGCUGCAUCGAGAUCUUUCAUCAUGAAGACUGCCUGAAUGGCACCAUUGGCAACACUACCUAUGGCAACAUGACAUGUGAGGAGCUGGCAGAUGGGCGUUCUCCCAUUAUUGAAUUCUGGGAGAACAAGGUGCUGAACAUCUCACAAGGGCUGGACUACCCAGGAUCCAUCAACUGGGAGCUGUUGCUGUGCCUGGCGGCCGUCUGGGUGAUGGUGUAUUUCUGUGUGUGGAAGGGGGUGAAGUCCACAGGCAAGAUUGUGUAUUUUACUGCCACGUUCCCCUACGUCGUCCUGAUUAUCCUCCUGGUGAGAGGGGUGACUCUUCCUGGUGCCUACGAUGGAAUCAUGUUCUACAUCAAGCCUGACUGGUCCAAGCUUGGCGAGGCGCAGGUGUGGAUUGAUGCUGGCACACAAAUCUUCUUCUCUUAUGCUAUUGGGCUUGGAGCUCUCACUGCCCUAGGCAGCUACAACAGAUUCAACAAUGACUGCUACAAGGAUGCCUUCAUGCUAGCUCUAAUCAACAGUGGCACCAGUUUCUUUGCUGGCUUUGUGGUGUUCGCCAUUCUAGGCUUCAUGGCAAACGAGCAGGGAGUGGACAUCUCCCAAGUGGCUGAAACAGGUCCUGGCUUGGCCUUUAUUGCGUAUCCUAAAGCUGUGACUCUGAUGCCAAUGCCCCCGGUCUGGGCUGCUCUCUUCUUCUUUAUGCUGCUCGUACUGGGUCUUGACAGUCAGUUUGUUGGAGUGGAAGGUUUUGUAACUGGGAUUCUAGAUCUCUUUCCUGGAAAGUAUUACAUGCGCUAUAAGCGUGAAAUCUCUGUGGCAAUCUGCUGUUUAAUGUGCUUUAUUAUAGAUCUCUCCAUGGUUACACAGGGAGGGAUGUAUGUCUUCCAGCUUUUUGAUUAUUACUCCGCCAGCGGUAUGACCCUGUUAUGGCAAGCAUUCUGGGAAUGCAUAGUUGUCAGCUGGGUCUACGGUGCUGACAGGUUCAUGGAUGACAUUGCUCGUAUGAUUGGUUACCGGCCUUUUCCUUGGAUGAAGUGGUGCUGGUCGUUUAUUACUCCGUGCGUUUGCAUGGGUAUCUUCCUAUUUCACCUGUUCAACUACAAGCCUCUUACCUACAACAAUACGUAUGUGUACCCAUGGUGGGGUGAGGUGAUUGGUUGGUGCAUGGCUCUGAUGUCCAUGCUCUGUAUCCCUGUCAGCGUGUUGUACAAGCUCUGCAGGGCCACGGGAACCUUCAAGGAGCGUUGGGAGAAGCUGACCAAACCACAGUGGGGUCCCCAUCACCUUGAAUACAUGGCGCCUGAUACUGACAUAAAGAGCCUGGCCUCCCUCUCUGCCAGCACAGAAGACAACAAGGUUAUCAUCUUUGAAAGUGGUAUGUAGGCUAUAGCCUACAGGAAAGCCUUUGACAACACUCUGAAGACCAGAUGAUCAUUGAUGUAAUAAUUGAUGUAUUCAUUUGGGUCAAUGACACAAUCAAAAAGGAAUCACCUGGUAAUUACGUGCAAUUAAUUAGAGGAUGCAGAUAAUGUACACAGACGGUUCUCUACACCUAUACAAAAUCAAUUCACAACGGUCUAUUGGACAGUCGAUAAUCUUCACCUGGGAUGUUGAUAAUCAAUGUCCUGAUUGGUCCAUUCUAUAAACAGGUGCCGUAUAGUCUUUGGGGAGGGGGGGGGGGGUGUAGCCCACCACCUCACCCAGUAUGGCAGAAUUUUUACAGGCUAUCUUUAAGACUGAUAUGGAAUUUCUUGAAAUUACACAUUACUGCAAGACCAAUCAUGUGGUACGGAGGGUUUGUGUAUCAACCGGUGUAGUUCUCCUUCAUAAGAGAUCUUGCAUAAAAAUCUUUUUGGCUAAUUUGAUACAUGAAAAUAUAUGUAUUACACAUUGAGAGUAAGCAUUUCAGGGUAAGGUCUACUACACCUGUUGUAUUCGGCGCAUGUGACAAAUAAAGUUUGAUUUGAUAUAUGAAUAUAUAAUUAAAAGCAUUUGUUCAAAUUGAUAUUAUAUCAUAUACUGUAUAAUACACUACAGUUUGUCGGUUUGGCUGAGUUGAUAUAUAAAAUACAGAAUUUUUUCCAAUUGACUUCAAUAUUCUGGCUUCUUUAGGCCCCUGAAGUUAUGUAGUUGCCAAACUGUCAAAAUGAUCAUCUUUGAUCAUUGAUCUUGUGUAAUGUGUCUUUCAUGGCGACAAUAGUCCUCAGAACUUUAGACAUAAACUAAAGAUUGAUUCAGUGCCAAAAUGGAGCAUACUUGUCAUUCUCUUGUUAUUGAUAGAGAAUGGUUUUGGUUGCCAUAUACACUAUCUAUUUUUAUUUGCCUAGAUCAGUCUGAUAUAUAUUGUGUCUUCCGAUUUAACUGUCUGAUGUUUGGGAACAUCUUGAAAGAAAACAAUGCAGCUCUUACUCAUGAAGCAGUUUAGAUGCCUUGAAACAUUUUCAUUGAUAAGUGUGUCUACAGAUAUAUAUUUUCUAAUCAACAAUAAUCACUAAAUUGAACAGUUCUGUAAGAUUUAAGAUCGCUCUUCUCUAAUUCAAAAAGGUGACUGGCUGAUAUAUUGCUCAUAAUGGCCAUUAAAAACAAAUGAUCCGAUACUUCCUCUGGCAUUAACUUGCAAAAUGAUCACUUGGCCAAGUGGUCAGGAUUUACCUCAUAUUUCAACCAACCUAUUGUUACAAAGACAAGUACAUCUCUGCAGCAUGUAGGAGGACAGUAUUUGGAUCUAACUACAACAUUGCCACAACAAGUAGCUGCUGUGCCAUUUGCCAGUGACUGGAACAGGGUGAAGAGUAACUAACUGUAAGGUGUUAUAUCGUGAGUUUAACUCUGAGUAUUACACACACAGUAUUAAUGUUGCAGCCGUACAGAAGCUGGACACGUAGAUCAUUGCCUUAUGUUGUUUGUCUUAAAUCUAGAGCCCAUAUGUCAACUCUGACUAGCCAUAUUCUUACCUGGUCCACUGAGGAACAGUCUUGAAGAUAACCAAAUGGAAAUUCUGCCAUUUACCAUGAUAUGGAUAACAUAUGAUUUAUUUCGAUAUUGAAAAGAUCAUUAGAAUGUAAAAUAUAUUAAAUAAUGCAAUGCUAAAAACUACAUUUGCACAUUGUAAAAUAUCUCGCUAGCACUUUAAAAACAAAUCGUGUUAGAAUAACAAUUUUUGUUUUGUUUUACAUAUUGUAAAAUAAAUCAGAGAUUUUAUUUUGUGAAGGCUUUUAUUUUGCUUAUACAUACAGUAUAAAAAAAUAUAUUGAAUAUCUUGUGUGUUAUAUUUUAAAGAGUUUGAUGCAGUAUGUAAUUUUGAUGAAGAUUUCUAAGGGGAAGAGCAUGCGCCAUUGAGAUGCUGCGAUGCAGUACUCCUCAAAAGGCUUGUGUGAUUCAUAACACACAGAAGGGAUUUUUGGUUUCAAAUAUCAAGUGCUCCAGUGUUAAGUAGCCUAAUAGAUUAUUUGUGUGUGUUUAAUUACAGUAUUUCCCUCAGACCACCCAGAGCUCAGUUAAAUGUUAAAAUUUCUCAGAAAGACCUUCUAAUUUGGUCCACACAACACAAGAGUAUUAAUUUGAUUAAGAAUUAAAAGAUUUUGGAAUAUUUUUUUACUUGGGAUUUCAUCAUUUUCAACAUAUUUCACGUCUGGCUUCAAGUGUAAUUUAUGUUCUCUACUUAGAAGCAGUGUGCUCUCAUUUGUAAAAAAUAAAAUAAAAAUAAUAAUCAUUAAGAUUAAAAGGUCCUCCUUUGUGUCAGAUAUUACAGAAUUUGACAAGAAACUAAACUCUCUUUCUGUAUAUGCCUUUUGACUAUCUGCCACGGUCCUCCUACACUAAACCUGGCAUAUAGAAAAUACUCUAAUGCUCUCCCACCUUUCAGAAUGGAAAACCACAUGGUAAAAGUGGUGGGUUUGGUUGUUGGUUAUGAAACUUUGAGACAGAACAAUCAUUCCCUCCUAAAUGUAGAACUAAAUGCGCCUUUCAUACUGUUGGUCUAUGGACAUAUGUAAGGAUGAGGACACAAGGCAAGUUUUAUAGCAAGGCUAUGGUAAAAUAAAUGUUAAAGUUAAGAAUCUAUUUUAACAAUGUUUUUUUACAUUGGCUUUCCUUAUAAUACUCCUAGAUUAUAGCCUGGGUUGGUCGAAAGGUGAAACAUUUAAAUGUAGUCAUUAAAUGUAGAAAAUCUAAAUGAAAUAUACAUAAGCAAAAUCAUAUGUAUGGUGUCAUCUUUUGCGCUCUGCCAAAUUGUUCUCGACAGUAUCUUUAAUCCAAAGUAUGACUCACAAAGGGGAAAUGUUGAAUUGAUAAUGAAAGCCUUGUGGAUCUAUUCCAUAUCAUACAAAAUUGUAAAAAAAAAUGUAAUCGAUAUGAAAAAAUACUCAUUCCCCAUUGCUGAAUAUGAUUUGUUUAUUUUAAAAUCUACAUGAAGUCUUUUAAAAUGUUCUGUUUAUUUUCAUAAACUAUACAGACCAAUUACCAUAGUUACCAUGGAAUACGUUGUACUGUAAUGAUUGUAUACAGUACAUUAAACUGGAAUAUCCAUCAUUAGCUGAGAAAGACUAACGCUAACCAACUAUGCAAAGCUGUAAAGAAACACUUGUUGCGACAGUUGACAGUUGAAUAGUUCUUAUGGCAUCUGCUGUAUGAUUGACAGUGAACAGAUAGUAGUGCAAAUGGGGCCACAACUCUCCCCUACACAGCUAUCUCUCUUCCUCAUCCCCUCUCCUUUUCCACAAUGUCAUUUGGAGUUUUGUUUUCACAAAUCCAACACAAAGGCCUGGAAAGAAGGGUACAAUCAAGCCUGAGAAAAUGGCAUUUCAUCAUCCACUGAGUCCUUUGGCAAAGGAUACUGUCUUGAAAAAGAUAUAGUAACACUUGACUUCAUCUAACUGUUAUUGUACUCUGUGUCAUGUAAGAUCUAACAUCAGUCUUCCAUUCAUAACAUAGAAUAGUGAUAAAGAGAUGACUGUAACCUAUGUUGACAUCCCAAGUGUUCCAUCAACCUUGUCCCUCACAAUUUAUGAAGGGAUUCAUGCUUAAUACCACUGUGAUUCUGUGCUAAAAAUCCACUCGCCCUAUUCAAAAUAACAAAAUGGCAAUAAAACUUACUUCAAUAAAAA